AUGGGUUUCUACUUCAAAGUGGAUCAAGAUCUGUACGCCGUCACGGCCCGUCACGUCCUGUUCCCUGAAAACGAAGGCAAUAAUACAUACUCGUGCGUCGCCGGGCCUAAGAAGGAGGUCGUCCUCAUGGGCAGCAAAGCUCCCCACAACUUCCUCGUAUCUAUCCAGGGCCAUAUCGGCAUCAUGAACAGCACAGUUGACGUCUUGGAGAAGCGGGUUACGGCGUUAACGGUGAGGUAG